ACUUUUCAUCUAAGUCCCACAGACUUUCCUCAAAGCACAAAGCACAAUCGAAAGGAUGGUAGCUCCACAGCAUGCGCCUACUUCCGAUGUCAAGGAGGCAGAUGAGGAGAAGUUCCAACGCCUCCUCAGGCGUAUGGAGCAUUGCGCGAAAGCUAGGGAGGCUUCCACUCGAGUCCUAUCCCUCCGUUUUGCAGAGAGGGAUUGUGUACGAUCGUCGUUGCAGAGGGAGAGCAUGGUACUUGCUCUGCUCUUAAAAUUGUGAAGGUGUUUUGCUAUUACUCUGGUCCAGAUAUAGUUCUCUGAAAAAAAAGAACAUCCCCAUAUUCUUGAGAAGAUUACUCUUCCAAGUUAAUAGAAAUAGUUCUAUCUUCCCCAAGAAAUCCCCACCACAGGCCGUGAAAGAUGCUCUCAUCGCAGCACGUAAGGAUUCCGAUAUGAGAUGGCGAGCCAAGAUGUCUAACAGUCCGUACUUGUCGAACCUCGCUGCCGAGUCGGAGAAAAUCGCUGAAGAGCAGAGGAUACGGAACAAGAUCAACGACCGAAAACAACAAAUCAUGAAACAGAGGAAAUUAGAAGCGGAGACGGCGGUAUUUUGUUGACACAAACUAGCAUCAAAAAUUUCACUAAAAACUAAUACAACACUUCUGAAUUGUAAUCUAUCUACUAGCACAACAAUUGCACCAACUUCAACUUUAUUGCCUCACAAAAGUAAACCACUAAGACCACUUACUCCGACUAGUCCAGGUAAUCCAACGUGUCCUAAACGAAGGCGACGAGUUGGAGGAUUUGCGCCAUCAGAAGAAGGCCUUGUGGGCAAGGGAGAGGGAACUGCAAUGCAUGCGUGACUUGGAGAAAACGAAGGCGAGAUGCGCCAGAGUCGACGCCGAAAGACGACACCAGCAACUCGAACGCGAGCACCAACUGUUGCAGAGGAAACUGAAGGGAGGUGCGGAGAUGGAGUGAAGAGCAGGAGUGGUCUGUCUGCAGUAGGUGGAGACGAAGGACGGGGGAGGCAGAGGACAAUGUCUUCUCACAGAUCAGAACUUCUACAUUUCAACAUAUUAUAAAUCUUUGCAUUAUUUUUUUCUUCUUUGAAGAUGAACAUGAUUCAAUACAAUCAAUAUAUUCUACUUGGUCUUGGCGGGAGGAGCAGGAUUGCGUGCGUGCAACCAAUGAUAUUUAUGUCAUACUAAGAUACUACAAAUGCGGCAUUCCACACACUAUUCAUACAAAGCCAAUCCAAUUUGAAGUCUCUUCAACAUGUGACUUCAGAUCGAUGCAGGUUUGAAGACGCUGAUUGAGAUCGCAGGAGAUUCGCUGUAGUUUGUAAUACCCGUUUGGUCUUCUCGUGAGCACAUUGUG